GGGGAGGGGGGAGCGGCGCGGGCGGAAGCGGCCAGGAAGGUCACUUCCGGCCUGGGCGCCCGUCCCCCUGACCCCAGGGUCUGAGUCGCCGCUGCCGCCGCUGCCACCAUCCGCGAGGGAGGAGAGAGGAGGAGGAGUGCGGCGCGGCGGCCCCGGGACCGAGGAGGGACCCAGACAUGGAGCUGCGGGAAGAGGCGUGGUCUCCGGGGCCCUUGGAUUCUGAGGACCAGCAGAUGGCCAGCCAUGAGAACCCAGUGGACAUCCUCAUCAUGGAUGAUGAUGACGUCCCCAGCUGGCCCCCAUCCAAGCUGUCCCCGCCCCAGUCGGCGCCCCCGGCUGGUCCCCCGCCCCGGCCGCGGCCGCCCGCCCCCUACAUCUGCAACGAGUGCGGCAAGAGCUUCAGCCACUGGUCCAAGCUGACGCGGCACCAGCGCACGCACACGGGCGAGCGGCCCAACGCCUGCAGCGACUGCGGCAAGACCUUCUCGCAGAGCUCGCACCUGGUGCAGCACCGGCGCAUCCACACGGGCGAGAAGCCCUACGCCUGCUCCGAGUGCGGCAAGCGCUUCAGCUGGAGCUCCAACCUCAUGCAGCACCAGCGCAUCCACACGGGCGAGAAGCCCUACGCCUGCCCCGACUGCGGCCGCAGCUUCACGCAGAGCAAGAGCCUGGCUAAGCACCGGCGCUCGCACAGCGGCCUCAAGCCCUUCGUGUGCCCACGCUGCGGCCGCGGCUUCAGCCAGCCCAAGAGCCUGGCGCGCCACCUGCGGCUGCACCCGGAGCUGUCGGGGCCUGGCGUGGCGGCCAAGGUGCUGGCGGCCAGCGUGCGCCGGGCCAAGGCGCCCGAGGAGGCGGCGGCGGCGGACGGCGAGAUCGCCAUCCCGGUGGGCGACGGCGAGGGGAUCAUCGUGGUGGGCGCGCCGGGCGAGGGGGCCGCGGCGGCCGCAGCCAUGGCGGGCACGGGGACCAAGGCGCCGGGACCCCGCUCGCGGCGCGCCCCGGCCCCCAAGCCGUACGUGUGCGUGGAGUGCGGGAAGGGCUUCGGGCACGGGGCCGGGCUCCUGGCCCACCAGCGCGCCCAGCACGGGGACGGGCUCGGGGCGGCGGGGGGCGAGGAGCCCGCGCACAUCUGCGUGGAGUGCGGCGAGGGCUUCGUGCAGGGCGCGGCGCUGCGGAGACACAAGAAGGUCCACGCCGUGGGCGCGCCCUCCGUCUGCAGCCGCUGCGGACAGAGCUACUACCGGGCAGGCGGGGAGGACGACGACGACGACGACGAGGCGGCGGGCGGGCGGUGCAGCGAGUGCCGCGGCGGGGAGGGCCGGUAGGGGCGGGGGCCCGGGGGGGCAGGGCCCCUCGGGCUUGGCGGGGACGACGGCGCAGGACCCAGAGACCCGGGGAGAAACGGACAGAGGGCUGCCCCGGACCGGCGGCGCGCUCUACCCGCUCCCCUCCCGCGGCCUGUGCGGCCUGAGAGGUGCGGCGGGCCUGGGGCGGGACGCAGGGGACGCUCACCGGGCCGCCCGGCCCCUCCCAGCGCCCGGCCCUCGGCCUGGCCUGACCCUUGCAGGUUCUCGGCCGAGCCCGAAUCAAGACGUUGUGUGAGAACUCGAGAGACCAAGAUACGACAAAACCCACGAGCGAAAGACCAUUUUCCCUCUUUCUCUUCCCCCACCAACGGGGGGUGUUGAGAGGAUGGCGAACAUUGGGACCUUUCCACUCGGAGGGGCCCCAGAGAGGGAAGGGAAAGAGGGGUCCUUUUCCCUUUUAGAGUUUUCUUUAUAAUCAUAUCCUCCUCCCGACCCUGCCUACCUAUUAUUUUUUGUCUCUUCUCCUUCGCGCGUCCCAUCCUUUAUCCUCGCCCUAGUCCUUCCUCCCCCUCCUGGAUCUGGGGUAGCAGAGAAGUGCUGGAGCGGAACUAGCCCCUGCCCCAGGCGCACCCCGCAGAAAAUGGGUUCCCGUUUCAUCCCGGGCCUGGGCACGGGGAUGCCCGGGCGGAGGG